AUGUGUGAAACUUGUGCAUAUAGCAUUGAUUCACCUCCUCAGUGGAAUAUAUUACCAAAGGCCUCUUCUAAUUCCUACCAAAUCCUUAGAGAAGGAAGCAAAGGAGAUGAAAAAGAAUGCUUUGAAGCCAAAGCAGUCUCUAAGGGCCACAGGAAGAGCUGUUCAUGUGUCCAAACUGAAAAGACCAUAACAAGAGUGGAUGAUGAAGAGGUUCCAAUGGACUUGUUGUGGGAGGUUUUCAAUGAAGAGUUGUCUUCAGCAAGAGGCUUUGCUACUUCUUCUUCUUCAAGGAAGAUGGUUGAAUUCAGAUGUACUGCAGCCUUAACAGUUGCCAAGACAAGCACUGCUCUUGUUGAAACCAAGAAUAGGCCUGGUAUGGUGGUGAUUGUUAAGAAUGCAUAUUUGGCUAUAAAAACCAUAUGCACUAGGAAAGAAAACAAGUUAGACACAUUCAGUAGUGAGAAGGGACGAGCAAAUAUGGGUUCCUACUGUGCAGGUGAUGUAGUUGUGACAACCUCUCCCAAAGUAGAGGAUGAGGCUUUCCUUUAUACCUUGUUGUGGGUUGUGUGGAUUCCUUCGUAA